AAGAAAGUGAGAGGAAAGGAGAGAAAAUGUGAGAGGAGUGCGAGUGUGUGUUUCCAGGGAGUGGCCAGCAAGACCAUGAAUGUCUGCGUUCCUAAACUGAGGGGAGUUUCCUUGGAGAGGGAGAAAGCCUCAGUGGUGUGUGUGUAUGUGUGUUGCUUAAUGAUUGAGUCAUGUGAUACCGUUGGGAACGAAAGCUUCAAGCAAUACCACUGAGUGGAAGCAAAACACUAUGAAAACAUUCGGUGGUAGGAAUAGUGUGCUUAGUGACCUGUUUUACACACUCACUCACACUCACUCACUCUCACACACACACACACACACACACACACACACACACACACACACACACACACACUUAUACACGUAGGUGCUGCCUGUGGAUAUAGGCCAGAUGCCGAGACAACUGUACCUCGUCAGCAUGCGUGAUGGAGGAUGCAGCACGCCAUGCUCUCCUUAGACGAGCCGUUGGAUUUAAAGGUUUCCUCCAGCAGGGACAGGACGCACAGGACUUCCAUCUGUGCACCGCUCCGGUUCGCCCGGACCAGGAUACCACGCCCGACACGCAGCUCCGACACAGAUAUCAUGGACUCACCCACAUCCUUAAAGCCAGACCUCAGUGUGUGUCCCUCGUCUCCUCCUCUCCACAACACUCCUCGUCCAGCUGCGGUCCCCUGUCGCCCCCUCGGGCCAGGGAUUCAGAGAGCGUCAGUUACCUAGAAGGUGAGGCUUCUUCUCCUCCACGUCCUCCAGGCUUUCAGUUCUUCCUACCAAUCGGGGCAGGGGGCAGCCUUCUCCCUCCCACCUCUAUACUGGCUUCUCAGCGGCGAGACAGACGAGAUUCUCCUGAACCGGCGGAGGAACAGCUCGCCUGCCGUUGGCUGCGGUGCCACCUGCUGUUCGAGUGCCUGCAGGACCUGGUGGAUCACGUGACCGAGUCGCACGUGAAGCCGGAGAGGAGCUCGGGCUACUGCUGCCACUGGGAGGGGUGCGCGCGCAAAGGCCGCGGCUUCAACGCCAGGUACAAGAUGCUGAUCCACAUCCGCACACACACCAAUGAAAAACCCCACCAGUGUCCCAUUUGCAGCAAGAGCUUUUCCCGGCUGGAGAACCUCAAAAUACACACCCGCUCUCACACCGGCGAGAAGCCUUACGCGUGCCCGUACGAGGGUUGCGGAAAGCGCUACUCAAACUCCAGCGAUCGCUUCAAGCACACUCGAACGCACUACGAAGACAGACCCUACUGCUGCAAGAUGGCCGGCUGCCCCAAGCGCUACACUGAUCCCAGUUCGCUUCGCAAGCACAUCAAAGCCCACGGACAUUCCGUGUCUACAGGCGCCGAGCCGACCGUCCCGACCGCCGAUCCGCCGACCCCUUCGGCUUCCGCGAGGGCUCACCUGGUGUUACCCGGGGCCGCCCUGGCUCUCCUGCACGCCUUUAGCGGGCCACUCAUGGCUUUGGGCGCUUCUCCUCUUGACCUCUCCAUGUCUGCAGGACACACGGGUGUGGACGCCGUACUCAGUCGCAGCAACAUGGCUCCAGGGCUGGGCAAGAUGCCUCUCUUCGACCCUUUACUGCUUCCUUCGUUUGGGCUCGAGGCAAAGCAAAGGGUUUCAAAGGAGAAAAACGGUGACGAUGAUAACGGGGAGGUCGGAGAUGGGUGCAGCGGUCUGUCCUGGGUGUUUGUCCCACCGGGUAUGAUGAUGCUCAAGCAAGCCGUGGUCAGCUAGACCGGGCGUUGUCUCACGUGGUCUGUAAAAAUUAUGUAAUUUAGAUCGCUCGAACCCAACUCAAUUUUUUAUUUACCCAUCCGUCUCAAUUCUGCGUUUACAUUUUUUUUUUUAAAGCAGUGUAUUUCAAACGGAAGCCAGAAACCGCAGUAUUCCGCCCCCCCGCCA